UUCCGUUUCGAGUACCACACUAACAAAACGAAGUCCUUAAAAACGUUCUUUAUUUCCGCUUGACAGUCAAGAAAAGGUGUCAAGAUGACAUGUAAGAGGCGUAAUGGAGGGCGCUCCAAACACGGCCGUGGUCACGUAAAGCCGGUUAGAUGCACCAACUGUGCUAGAUGCGUUCCCAAGGAUAAGGCCAUCAAGAAAUUCGUCAUUAGAAACAUUGUUGAGGCCGCCGCUGUUAGAGAUAUUACUGAGGCAUCAGUAUAUCAAGCUUAUGUUCUCCCCAAGCUCUACGCGAAGCUCCACUACUGUGUAUCCUGUGCUAUCCACAGCAAAGUUGUGCGUAAUAGAAGCAAGAAGGAUAGAAGGGUCAGAACUCCCCCACAGAGAAAUUUCCCUGGUAGGGACAAUGCUAGACAACAGCAACAACAGCCUAGGAAGUAAACUGUUUCAUUAGUUUUACAAUAAAAUUU